CUUCCUCCGAGGCAGCCAUGCCGGCGCCGGUCUCACAUGGCGAGGGACGUAGCGAUCAUUCCUGGAUUUCCCUCGACCCCCUCAAGCGAAACCUAAGCAGACACCAUGGCUGACCAGCUGACCGAAGAGCAGAUUGCCGAGUUCAAGGAGGCGUUCUCCCUGUUCGACAAGGACGGCGAUGGAACCAUCACCACCAAGGAGCUCGGCACGGUCAUGCGCUCGCUGGGCCAGAACCCCACGGAGGCCGAGCUGCAGGACAUGAUCAACGAGGUGGACGCUGACGGCAACGGCACGAUCGACUUCCCCGAGUUCCUGACCAUGAUGGCCCGCAAGAUGAAGGACACGGACUCCGAGGAGGAGAUCCUGGAGGCCUUCAAGGUGUUCGACAAGGACGGCAAUGGAUUCAUCUCGGCCGCCGAGCUGCGCCACAUCAUGACCAACCUGGGCGAGAAGCUCACGGACGAGGAGGUCGACGAGAUGAUCCGCGAGGCCGACAUCGACGGCGACGGACAGAUCAACUACGAGGAGUUCGUCAAGAUGAUGAUGUCCAAGUAAGCGUCGCGUCUGUCUUGAGGAUCGGCGGGCGUCCGGCCCUGCCAUCCCGUAGCCCCCUUUAAAUAAUUUAGAAACAGCGAUCAACUUUUUUGCUGCUGCUUCU